AUGACAACUGAGGACAGGGAAAUAAUGGAAGCCCGGGGGGCAGGAGAAAGCUGCCCAACCUUCCCCAAGAUCGUGCCUAGUGAUCCCAUUUCGGAAGCCAAGUCAAAGGCUUCUUCGCCUUCUCCUGCCCAAGAAACAGAUCCCUCAAAGCCAGAUUCCUCCUUCAAUCACCUGGAGGAGAUGGAGACUUGUGAGGAAGGAGGCUGCCCAGGGCCAACGAAGCUGCUGUCCCUCAAGGCGGGCCCCACCACCAAGGGCCAGGCAGGCGAUGGGCCCCAAGUCACAGAGUCGCCCCACGAUCUUGGGAGCAAGCACAACAUUGAAAUGGAACUAGAGAAAAUGCGCAUGGAGUUCGAGCUCACGAGGCUCAAAUAUCUGCACGAGGAGAACCAGCGGCAACGACAGCAUGAGGAGGUGAUGGAGCAGCUGCAGCAGCAGGCGACCCCCCGCCUGUUUUCAGGAGGCCUCCAGGACCUCCUGCUCCCCCAGAACCAGUUUGCCAUGUUCCUGUACUGCUUCAUCUUUAUACACAUAAUUUAUGUCACCAAGGAGAUGAUCGUCUUUCUCUUCUCCAAGCACUAUCUCUUCUGCAUUGCAGCCAUUUUGCUCUAUUUGAUUAAAACUUUGUGGCCAUAUUUCCAAGUGUUUUUACUCUCGCCAUUGCUGGGAAUCCCCAUGUGA